GAGGGUGUGGACUGACAGCGAGUGGGUAUAAAUGAGGGCCAGCGGGCAUUCCCAGUCUCACGGUUGUUCCCAGUGCCUUGUAACGGACAGAGAAGCUCGCAGCCAUGGCGUUCAAUGGAACCUGGAAGGUUGACCGCAAUGAGAACUACGACAAGUUCAUGGAGCAGCUGGGUGUCAACGUUGUAAAACGCAAGCUGGGCGAGCACGACAACCUGAAGAUCACCAUCGAGCAGAACGGGGACAAGUUUCACAUCAAAGAGUCCAGCACGUUCCGCACCAAAGAGAUCGACUUUACGCUCGGGGUGCAGUUUGACUACACCAUGGCCGACGGCACCGAUCUUACGGGUACAUGGGUGAUGGAAGGUGAAACGCUGAAAGGUACUUUCAACAGGAAAGACAACAACAAGGUCCUGACCACCACAAGAGCUCUGGUGGGAGGAGAGCUUGUGCAGAGUUACAGCUAUGACGGAGUGGAAGCAAAGAGGAUUUUCAAGAAGCAGUAACCUGGAUCCUGCUGCUUAUAUUUUUAUAUAACUGACACAACAUGCUGUAUUUUUUUUUUCUUUCUAAACAGUAGAAAGCAGACAACUGUGUAAGGUGUAUGCUCAAUAAAUUUAUUACAUGUACCAGAGAAUGUUUUUAUACAUAUGUAUCAAUGCCUUUGGGGAUGAAUAAUUAUAAUGGUGCUGUACUGCCAAAAAAUUUAGUUAAACAAUAAAAGGAAAAAUGUCGCCCCCUAAUGGAGAACCGGUGACCUUGUCAGACACA